AUGACAAGCAGGUCUGAUGACAGCUUAGUCCUAUCAGCAUCUAAGCCGCGACUUACCCACGAGACUGCAAAUUCAUCAUCCCACUACUUCCUAUAUUCUCUGCACAACUUAGGAAUUUCACUGAAAACACCCUCACAACUCCCGGAAGCCACCUCAACUCUGUCCGUGGACAAACACGCUUGGACAAUGUACGCUCCACAAGGGAACUCCCACAGCGGCGGUGGCAGUAAGAAGAGCGGCAGUGGGAAAAGGGGAGGCAGCGGUGGGAAUAGCGGAGGUGGGAGCAGCGGAGGCGGGAGUAGCAGCGGCGGCAAAGGCCACAAUGGGGGAGGCUCCCGUGGCGGUGGCUCUAGCUCCCAUGGUGGCGGAAAGAAGGGGGGUUCCUCGGGAAGAGACUCGUGGGAGGAGGCGGCGCGUGAACGCGAGAUGCAGCCCUGA